GAACCCCCCAGCAAUCUUGACCUGCCUUUUUGGCCAGGGCGUACCAAUAACCAGCCAGUCCCCGUGCAACCAACGACUUCUUUCUACUGGCUCGGGUUUCGACUUCGAUCGUUGCAUCCUGGUCCAUUUCUAUCCAUAGCUUGGGUUUUCGCAUCACAAGCACAAGGCAGGUUAACUUGCUUGGAGCCUACUCCACCAUCCCACAUUCCUGUCGACCCACUAGUUGGUAGGGUAGCACACGCAGCAGACGCUGAUCGUCAGACCGAUAAAUAGCCAGGGUUUCGCAUUCAUUUCUUGCUCUUCAGCCUCUCGUGUUCAGUCAUUCUGGUCGUGGUUCGUUGACCCAGGUUAAUACAUAGGAUUGGCCUCAGCUACGUCGCUCAUAUCGCGGGGCGGAACAACAUCACGCGACGUCAUCAACCCCAAGCAACAGCACUCGAGCGUCAAUAUGGCACAAAACGAUACUACUCGUGAUACCUCGGUCGAGACCGCAGCUCAUGAACAUGAAGUCCGUCGCGGAAGUAUUGCACGAACAGACAAAGGUCGCUGGGAAAGACUGUGGCCAGUCAUCGCCUGCGGUGCUGGACUAUUCAGUGAUGGCUACCUCAAUAACAUUAUUGGUCCCGUGAACACUAUGCUUGCUCGCAUCUAUCCAGAUGAGUACAAGUCAUCCUCAGCCCAAGCGAACGUUUCCUCCAUUACUUUCGUCGGCACCGUCGUUGGUAUGCUUUUCUUCGGAUACACCAGUGACCAUUUUUCUCGCAAGUGGUCGCUAUUUGUUUCAACUAUCAUCAUCAUUCUUUUCGCCAUCCUUGGCACUGGAGCAUAUGGUGCUGGAGGCAACCCCAACGGUUUGAUCAUUGCUCUUGUCGUUUACAGAUUCUUCCUCGGAAUUGGAAUCGGUGGUGAAUACCCGGCGGGUAGCGUUGGAUGCGCAGAAUCAACGGGUGAAUUGAAAGAGGGCACACGAAACAAGUGGUUUAUUCUGUUCACCAAUGUACAGAUCGACCUAGCGUUUUUGAUUGCAGCCAUCGUCGCGACCAUUGUCAUAGUAGCGACCGGCGAGGACCACUUGCGUGCCGCCUGGCGAAUUUGCCUAGGCAUUGGAGUUAUUCCUCCUCUAUCCCUUCUUUAUCUCCGUCUCAAGCUCAACGAGCCAGAAGCCUUCCAGCGUGAAUCUCUAUCCAAGGCGAAGACCCCAUAUCUCCUUAUCUUUAAGUUCUACUGGUAUCGCCUCGCUAUCGUCAGUUUGAUCUGGUGGAUCUACGACUACAGCGCUUAUUCUUUUGGUAUCUACGCCAGCUCCAUCUUGGCCAAUCUCCUCGGUGAGGAUGCACCGUUGUGGAAGAGUUUCGCAUGGAACAUAUUGAUCAACUUCUUCUACAUGCCCGGUUGCCUUGCUGGUGCUUUCGUCGCCGACCUUCCCAGCAUGGGACCCAAGAGGACUCUUGCCAUCGGUGUCGGACUCCAAGGCAUUAUUGGGUUCAUCAUGGCAGGCUGCUACCCUUGGUUGAGCAAGCCCGAGAACGUCGCCGGAUUCGUCGUCGUAUAUGGAAUCUUCCUCGCCCUCGGCGAGAUGGGUCCUGGCGAUAACAUUGGACUGAUCGCCUCGAAGACCUGCGCUACGGGCAUUCGUGGCCAAUACUACGGCAUCGCCGCCGCCAUCGGCAAGAUUGGCGCCUUCGCUGGUUCCUACGGCCUUGACGCCAUCCAGAAGGCCGCAGGCGACGACAAAAUCGCAGCCGGCCGCAAUCCCUUCUUCGUCGCGAGCGCCCUCGCCUUCGUCGCCUGCGGUCUUGUCCACCUGCUUCCCCAUAUUGGCCAGGACACCAUCGACACCGAGGAUGUCAAGUUCAGGGAGUACCUCGAGGCUAACGGUUUCGACACUUCGACUAUGGGUCUCAAGCCUACUCACUCUUCUGAUAGCGAGGGUGGAGUGACUGCGGAGGAGGUUAAGGGUGCUUGAGAUCGAUGAAUUAGUAUCUAAGGGAUCAUCGUGGUUUAGCUGAGUUCAGGCAAGAUAUAAAUGUAUCCUCGCAAGAAGAAACAUGCUAUAUGCAAAGCUUGGAGAUUACCUAUUUCAAUGAAAGAACCAAGUUGAAAUUGGAAGGGAACUCCCAGUUUCCAUAAUUACGAACAUUUACUUAGCCCUUAACAGAUGUUUUCCCCCGUGCCUGUCAAAAUCCAACACCAGAAAAGGUAUCCUCGUUGUCCUAUUUAUAGAUUCGCUAUUUUCUGCUACUCUACUGUCACUAUGGUGAAGUGAUUCAGUUUCAGUAUGUAUUGUAGGUCACUCUGGAGGCUAAUGCACGGUCAAUG